UAAAAUUCAGCGCCCCAUCUAUAUAACUUCUGCAAACCUGUCUUUCUUUUUUCCUUGAGAAAAGAGGCAGAAGAGGCCGCAGCUGCGCACUUCCCUUCUCUCACUUCUUCCAGUUAAAAUAGUUGAGAAAAAUGGCGUAUGCUGCAAUGAAGCCGACCAAACCUGGUUUGGAGGAGCCCCAGGAGCAGAUUCACAAGAUCAGGAUCACUCUCUCUUCGAAGAAUGUGAAAAACCUCGAGAAGGUUUGUGCUGAUUUGGUCCGUGGUGCCAAGGAUAAGAGACUGAGGGUUAAGGGACCAGUGAGAAUGCCCACCAAGGUUCUUCACAUCACCACAAGGAAGUCUCCCUGUGGUGAAGGAACAAACACAUGGGAUCGAUUUGAACUCCGUGUUCACAAGCGAGUUAUCGACCUCUUCAGCUCCCCUGAUGUGGUCAAGCAGAUCACUUCAAUCACUAUUGAACCUGGUGUUGAGGUGGAGGUAACCAUAGCAGAUUCUUAAAUGUGCCUCACUUUUACUUUACGGCCUUAUCUAGUUUUAGUUAAUUAGAAGACUUUUGCCAAAUAUGGCACUCUUUUGCACAAAACUAUCCUAAGGUUAAAUGAGUGGUUGUAGGGUUUCUUUAGUUUGUGUUUUUCCCAUAUUAGUGUUGAAGUGAAGAUUCUAUUCUGUCCUGUGGCGCCAGAUUUUGUUUCCCUUUUUAUGCCAAAAGAUAAUGUUUGGAUGAUUUUAUUUAAUGUAAUAUUUGACAUUAAAUAUCAUGGAAUGAGCUGCUUUAUAUUCA